AUGAAGCGAAGUCUAAUAGAACCUUUUGCCAAUGUCAAUGUUUCUCACGUGCUUAUUAGCACUACAGAUUAUUCUAACACUGGUAACGAAACUAUACGUAUAUUCACAUGGCUUGUCUACGGCAUAAUUUGUCAAUUGAUUGUUGUUUUCGGAAUUAUCACAAACAUCAUCAAUAUUGUUUGUUUU